UGUUUCUCUCUCUCUCUCUCCGGUCAGUCCACUGACUCAAAUCAAGCGCCUCUAACCUACUUCUCUUGCUAUCACUCUCUUCUCGCUGCGGCUCCGGCUUGGUUCGUUUCGUUCCGGGCCGUGCCGUGCCGUGCCGUGCCGAGCCUUUGCGUGUAUGUGCGCGCGUGGACCGGAGGCGGUGUGUCGUUAUUCUCCGUGCAUGUGGACCGGGCGAGCCGCGGUCUGCCCGAAGCAACAUCGUCGUUCAUGAGCGGACUGGUGCUGUGCUGCGCGAUGUACAUGGACAGAAGCAGCCUGAGCACAGGUCCCUCCUCCAGUCCUAGCUUGCUGGCUAAAGGUCUCUCUCUGGAGCCUCCUUGUAGCCAUCAGGGGGCGCUGGACACCGAUGCCCCCCAGCAGACCACCUGCUCCUCAUCGGGUCCUGCCGCCCUGGAAGGAGGGGCCCCUCUUGCAGAGCUUCUGGAGGUGAACAAGACAGGACCGGCGCAGUUGCCGGCGUGCACUUUGACGCCAGCGUGUAGGAGACGGCCUGCUGUGCUGGGACCAAAGCCUCAAGUCCCGCCCAAGCCGCCCCAUCUCCAGCAGCAGGCCGGAGCCUUGAGGUCACGACCCCGAGCUCCAGACAAGCCCCUUCCUCCUCCCCCGCCCUGUAGGCCCCUUCCGACAGAGCCUCGGGGGAGCCGGACUCCGCCACCCCGCGCAGAUGACCACGCCUCCCCCACCUGCGUGCUGUCGCUUAUUGAGAAAUUUGAGCGCGAGCAGAUUAUCAUGGUUCCCGAUAUCACUGGGGGGGCUCUGUGUCCCCGCCUCCUCGACCACGCUUCUUCCCGACCUUCAUCCCCACCGUCAUCAGCCCCUCCCCCCACUGAGGAGGAGGAGGAGGAGUUCACCUCUCACGAGGAUGUGCUGCAGGAAGGGGAGAAGUUGGCCCAGGGCGAGGAGCCACAAACAGAGAGAGACCUGGGAGACGAGCUGAGAGAGCGUCCACCUGUGGACCAAUCAGAAGCCCCGCCCGAGCGUUUGUCCCUCCCCUCCUCACAGACAGACGGCAAGCUGGCCAAUCGCGACAGCGGCAUUGACAGUAUCAGCUCGCCGUCGCACAGCGAGGAACUUUGCUUUGUGGGUGUGGAUGAGGGGGGCGGGGCUUAUCCCUGCUCCCUCCCUCGCCUCUCCAGCUCAUCCUCAUACGCCGGCGAGGAUGGCGGGGCCAGAAGGCGGGACCUCUCUGAGGACGCUGACAGCGACCUGGAGGAGGAAGAGGAGGCAGAGCUAACACUUGUGCUGCCGCCCCCACGACAAGACUUGGCUGAGCUGUCUGUCCAACAGAGAGUGUUCCACAUCGCCAAUGAGCUUCUUCACACCGAGAUCUCCUACGUGUCCAAACUGCACCUCCUGGACCAGGUCUUCUGUGCCAGACUCUUGGAGGAGGCACGCUCCCGCUCGUCCUUCCCUUGCGAUGUGGUCCACGGAAUCUUCUCCAACAUCUGCUCCAUCCACUGCUUCCACCAGCAGUUCCUCCUGCCCGCCCUGCAGAAGCGCAUGGAGGAGUGGGACUCCAACCCGCGCAUCGGAGACAUUCUUCAGAAGCUGGCACCAUUUCUGAAGAUGUACGGCGAGUACGUGAAGAACUUUGACCAUGCCAUGGAGCUGCUCAACACAUGGAUGGAGAGGUCGGCUCAGUUCAAGAGCAUCAUCCAUGGCAUCCAGAGGGACGAGCGCUGCGCUAACCUGACGCUGCAACAUCACAUGUUGGAGCCGGUCCAAAGAAUUCCUCGUUACGAACUCCUACUCAAAGAUUACCUUCACCGCCUGCCUGAUGACGCCCCCGACUACAAGGACGCUCAGAAGUCUCUGGAGCUUAUUGCCACGGCAGCAGAACAUUCCAAUGCCGCCAUCAGGAAGAUGGAGCGAAUGAGAAAGCUGCUGAAGGUCUACGAGCUGCUGGGUGGAGAGGAGGAUAUCGUUAACCCCACCAAUGAGCUCAUCAAGGAGGGACACAUCCUCAAGCUGUCCAACAAGAACGGCACAUCGCAGGACCGCUACCUCAUCCUGUUCAACGACAGGCUGCUCUACUGCGUUCCAAAGCUACGUCUGAUUGGCCAGAAGUACGGCGUUCGCGCUCGAAUUGAUGUGGACGGCAUGGAGCUGAAGGAGAUAAGCAGCGCUGCGGUUCCUCGGACCUUCCUGGUUUCGGGUAAACAGCGCUCACUGGAGCUGCAGGCCAGGACAGAAGAGGACAAGAAAGACUGGAUCCAGGCCAUCCAGGCCACCAUCCAGAGACACGAGCACACCAUGGAGACGUUCCGUCAGCUGACAUGUUCCCUGCGAGAUGACGAGGCCACGCCCCCUCACUCCCCGGUAACACACACACACAUUGUUGUUGAGAUGUUUGUUUUUGCGUGUACAUGACUGUGUGUCUGUGUGUGUGUGUGUUUGUGUCAGAGCUGCGCAGAGCUGGGCAAGCGAGCGCCAACGCCAAUCCGCGAGAAAGAAGUGACGCUGUGCAUGAAGUGCCAGGAGGCCUUCAACGCCAUCACUAAGCGGCGCCAUCACUGCAAGGCCUGUGGUCACGUGGUUUGUGGCAAGUGCUCCGAGUUCCGUGCCCGCCUCUCAUACGACAACAAUCGCACCAACCGCGUGUGUGUGGACUGCUAUGCCAUGCUGGUGGGCGUGUCCCCGACGCCCUCCGUUAUGGCCAGCGCCGGCUUGAGGAGACGCUCUAUCCUGGAGAAACAAGCCUCACUGGCAGCGGAGAACAGCAUUAUAUGCAGCUUCCUGCAUCAUAUGGAGAAAGGAGGGGGGCGGGGCUGGCAGAAGGCGUGGUUCGUCAUUCCUGAAAACGAGCCCCUGGUACUCUACAUCUAUGGCGCCCCUCAGGACGUGAAGGCGCAGCGCAGUGUUCCCCUCAUUGGCUUUGAAGUGUCACUCCCAGAGUCAUGUGACCGCCUGGAGCGUCGGCAUACCUUCAAGAUCUGCCAGAGUCACCUGACACUCUACUUCAGCGCAGAAGGUGAGGAGCUUCAGCGUCGCUGGAUGGACGUGCUCUUGAGGGCGGGCAAAGGGGAGGAGCCUCAGGCCCAUCAGCCAAUCGUGGAGAGUGUGGAAGAGGAGGAGGGGGAGGAGCCAGCAGAGGCGGACGCUGACGACACGUGAUUUGAUUAAACAAGAAGUGGUGCUGGGGGCGGGGCCAUUUCAUGUGCAUGACUCCACCUGUCAGGUGGUAUGGGCAGAGCCUCCCAGUUCCACACGACCCAUGUGACAUCACAGCUGACUCAAAGCACAAUCAUCAUCAUCCUGCAACCAUCUUUGUUUGAACAACGUUGGCCAACGUCACAAGCCGUCAGAGACCCCGCCCAUCUUCUAUUUCUCACACACUAAAUUUAAACAUGUGCAAGAACGUCCUUAUGUGACAUUUGGUGAAGGCCGUCAAAUUAAGGUCAAACUUAAUAACACUCUGACCUCAAUGUGUCAUUCCCCAGCAGGCCUUUCUCUGAGGUCCUCUGCUGGCAGAGUUUGGUACUGCACACGCUUCUUGAACAUAAUGCAUGUUUUGUCAUUAAUUACUGCUGAGUCAGUAAAUUAUUUUUUUAUAGCAUUGCAGCGUUCACGUGGCCCAUCAGUUAGUAUUCAAAUAUUUAAAAAAAUGACAUUAAACCAAGUGAUGCCCUGUAGAAGAAUGAACUUUGAACUUUGGACCAUCUGAUAUGUGGCUCUCAUGACCUCUGACCCUUGGACAGUGUUUGCUAGUAAUGCUCUUCUUGGUGUUGUUGGGUGUGUGUCUUUGUUGUUUCCUUGAUGCCAAAAGAAAAGUACACAUUCAACCUAUAGUCCACUUUUGUAAAUAUAAUUUAUUUACCUGUGACCUGCAGUCAUGUGACCUGCAGGCAACGUCAAAGGUGGCCGUUUGCCGCAAGCCCUGCCUGGCAGUAAGAGGUCACAGCUUUUUGGGGGCUAAGCCAGGCUAAUGUUGUUGUGGACAAAGAACGUGUUUCUGUGAAAGUGUUUCUUUUUUCCAACUUGAUCUUCAGCUGCCUCACUGGCCUUCACAGUGUGUUCUUGUUAGCGUGUGCUCCCUCAGUGACCUUACAGUGGACUUCAUUUAUUGUCAAGCUUCUGACAAGAUCUGUCCGCUCACGAUUAAGUGAAGCGAUAAAGGAAGGUGCUUUGGAACGCCAACAUGGCGCUGAAUGCUAGAUUAGUAUUUUUCAUAAUUCCAUGGCAUGCUGGCCAGGAGGCUUCAUGUCACGUGAAGGCUUCAUUAUGCUACAGUGUAGUCACCACGUCGGCUCUUCUGACAGCGUCUUGAUCCUUCUAUUAUAGAUCUUCUGCAAGGGUUGAGCGCGUGACUUUCAAUUCACUGCCAAAAUGCUAGGGUCAGUGUUUUCCUGCGAUGGAGCAACCACAACUCUUGGUGGCUAGCUAUUUAGCUUCCUUUGUAGUAGCAGAGAACAAUGGCGAAUGACAUGACAUCCACAUUGUUGUUGGAAUGGGAACUAAUCAAUGUGGGAAAUCAGUUACUUUUAUUGUACAUGUUGCUCUGAAACUACUCAUUUAUAUCAUACUCAUAUAACAGCUAAUAUUUGCAUAUUGCACAUUUUUUUGCCGAGAUGCUGCUCAAUUUUCAACGUUUCGUCAUUACUUUCGGUGGCAUUUUUGGUGCUUUCGCGGAUGGAAAAAAACGGAAAUUACAUAUUAAGAAAGCUAACCAAUCACAGCUUUGGCGGUGGAGGUGAACAUCGAACACUGCUGGGGGAUUUGGAGGGACAGGAGCUUACGCCGGCGCUGUGACAGUGUAGCAUGAUGAAGACUUGACUCGCGACUGGUGCACAUCGACGAGAGUUUACAGAUGGGUCACGAGGUAGCGCUGGGAGUUGAGCUGCCUUACACCUCCUGAGUGAACUUGUUGUGUCAAAUGAGACAAGUGGCAGUCUUAUUAUUAUUGUUGUUUCUAUUUUUACACGUGUUACAGCCUGUAUAUGGCUGCUGUUGCCAUGGCAGCCAGCUAAUUACACUGCAACGUUUAAGUGACUUCCUGUCAGCAGCUGUUUAAAAAAACAAUCACAGGCUAAAAUGACAUUGUAUUGCUGUGGUAUCUCGGCUCGUGUUGCCAUGGUAGCCGCCAGGCUCCCGAACUUGCUCUUCGAUGUCCACAGCUUGUGAUGUCUUGUUGCCAUGGUGACCUCCAAGUUCCAGUGCUGCUGAGUUGCCGUGACAACAGAAAAAACGGUUGAUUAUUGAUAACAGAUUAUUGGUUAGUGGCCGGCCACUGCCUUCCUUCCAGCUGGUGUGUAUGACAUGAAAAUAAAGCAUUGAAAGAACUGGAUGACUGCUGUAAUAACUACAAUUCACUUUGCUCUGGGAAUAAAACAUACCACUUACAGCAUUGGAUAUUGAAGAAAAGAA